GUUUUAUAAACAAAGCAACCGAAUCACACUGCCUGUGGUUCUUCUGAAAAAAAGAAUCAAAUCCCAUUUUUAUUUGUUUAAUACACAACAAUGAUAAGACGUAAUUUAAUUAAUCCAAUUCGUUAAAAACAGGGUUAUAACAGUACUGGUUUAACGGCGAAGCGAAAGCAGAGCAUUUUUCCUCGACGACCACCCACACAGUGGCAGCUCGGAGAGGGAGCUGGAGCUUAGGGUGGGAGGCGGCGGAGUGGAGAGGAGGAGGACGCCAUUGCAGCCACAGCUGGCCGCCCGAGAUAAAUUUCAUACCAUCCCAAACUCUUUCCAUAUUCACUGGCUUUCCGGUUUUCCUCUGGUUCAUCCCGCUUUUGUCGGGUCUCGAGGAAAUACAAAAACAAGAUGGUCGUUUCGUCUUCGCUGACAGUCGAAAUGUGGAGCCCCAGCGCCGAACAAAAGCAGACCUCCCCAGUUGCCUCGCUCUCCGGUGGUCCAGUCUCUCACCAUGAACGCCAGUAGGAACUGCACCUCAGUGGGGAACGGCGACGGUCUGGCAGUCCUGGAGUCGGUGUCCAUCUUGACCAUCACGCUCCUGGCCUGCCUGGGGAACCUGCUGAUCGUGGCCACCCUCUACCGCAGACCGUACCUGCUCACGCCCAGCAACAAGUUCGUGUUCAGCCUGACCCUGUCCAACCUGCUGCUCUCCGUGCUGGUGCUGCCGUUUGUGGCAGUGAGUUCAGUGAAGCGAGAGUGGGUCUUCGGGGUGGUGUGGUGCAACUUCACCGCGCUGCUCUACCUGCUCAUCAGCUCGGCCAGCAUGCUGACCCUGGGAGCGAUCGCCAUCGACAGGUACUACGCCGUGCUCUACCCGAUGAUCUACCCCAUGAAGAUCACAGGGAACAGGGCGGUGGUCGCCAUCGUCUACGUGUGGCUGCACUCGCUGGUGGGCUGCCUGCCGCCGUUGUUCGGCUGGUCCUCCUUCGAGUUUGACUGUUUAAAGCGGACAUGUGUCGCAGCCUGGUCCAGGGAGCCGAGUUACGCCGCCUUCUGGGUCACCUGGUGCAUCCUCCCGCCCUUCUUCAUCAUGCUGGCCUGCUAUGGAGUCAUUUUCCGCGUUGCUCGCAUGAAAGCCAGAAAAAUUCACUGCGGGACGGUCGUUGUAGCCCAAGACGACUCAACUGGAACUCAGAGGAACGGACGCAAGAACUCAAGCACUUCAACUUCCUCUAACGGGAGCAGACGGAGCCUCGUGUACGCAGGGAGUCAGUGCAAGGCCUUCGUCACCAUCUUGGUGGUGAUCGGCACCUUUCUCAUAACUUGGGGGCCGUACGUUGGGGUGGUGUGUACAGAGGGCCUGUGGGGUCAGGGCAGCGUCUCUCAGGAGCUGGAGACUCUGGUGGCGUGGCUCUCUUUCUGCAGCGCCGUGUGCCACCCGCUCAUUUAUGGCCUGUGGAAUAAAACGGUGAGGAAGGAGCUGCUGGGGAUGUGCUUCGGCGAUCGUUACUACAGAGAGUCGUUUGCCACAAGGCAGCGGACGUCCCGACUCUUCAGCAUCUCCAACAGGAUCACAGACUUGGGUAUGUCCCCGCACCUGACUGCAAUGCUGGCCGGAGGAGGACACCUGUUGGCCCAAGGAAGCAGCACAGGAGACACCGGCUUCAGCUUCACUCAGGACUCAGGCACCGAUGUGAUGCUGCUGGAGAACUCCUGCACAGACGGCUCCUCCUUCCCCUCGCAAAACGGGAAUCCGUCCGGGAAGAGGCGGAGUUCGGUCACCUUUGAAGACCAGGUGGAGCAUUCCAAAGCUGAAAGCACGUCUUCAGCUCAAGUCCACGCAGAGAUUCACAAAUCUCUCGACUCGUUCGCUUCCUGCUUGGCGCAGGCCAUCGAGAGCGACGCCAAGCUCGCGCUGUUCGAGCAGAGUCUAGCGCCGCAGGGGGGAGGGCUCUUUGUGACGAGGGGGGCGCAGAAGCCCCGAUACCCGGACGGUCAGAGACUGAGGCUGGAGAGCAUCGAUGAAGGCAUCGUCAAGGACGACAGAGAAGAGGAGGAGGAGGAGGAGAAGCUCCUCUGAUUGCUGAAGUCUGGAUUCUCUGAUGUUAUUGGCAGACAGGGAGAGGCACUUUUUCACUCAAAGGAACACUGUCAGUGUCCGGGCGAAUUUUUCUAUCACGUUUGUACUCUUAAUAGGAAUUUUGUACUACGGUAACCUUACAUGGUAAUAAUGUUUUGCUACACAAUUUUUUUUAUUAUAUAUUUUUAGUAUCUUUAUGUGCUGUGGUCAGUUUGAGUA